AUAAUGUAAAUCAACAGCAGGGUCACUCCUGCAAACCUUUACAAAUGCUCUGGUGCUGCUUUUCUUUUUCUCUAGGCAGAGCCCUAGGGCUGUGUGUUAAAAAGCUGGGGGAGUGUUUGGGUUCAGUUGGUGUUUGCAGACACUUCCCCAGCCCCCAGAAACGCCCAGUUAUUCCCCUGAGCCAAAUUUCCACUCUCACUGCACGGCCCUCGUCAUGUGGGCAGGGAUGGGACUUCUGAUUCCGUGAUCUUUGGACCCUCUGCAAAUAUUGAGCAGUGCUGGGGCAGCAGUGGGGCUGGCGUGGUGGGAGGCACAGCAGAACUUCACCCUCCUGGCCCUGGGAGCCUCCAAAGCACGGGCAGAGCCUCGGAGGAGUUCCCAUGGAACGCGGUCCGGAGUUCCUGCCUUGCUGGUAGGAAUGUCCUUGGGAGGCAGAGCACGGGAGAACACGCUCCCUGCACGGACCAUGCCCAGUGACCACGUUUGGACCAAAGGCCUGUAUGCUGCAAAACCCUAAAACCAUUAUGCACAUCCAGGAUCCAGCCAGCCAGCGGUUGACGUGGAACAAACCCCCCAAGAGUGUCCUGGUGAUCAAGAAGAUCCGGGAUGCCAGUUUGCUGCAGCCCUUCAAGGAGCUUUGUGUGUACCUGACCGAGGAGAACAAUAUGAUAGUGUAUGUAGAGAAAAAGGUGCUGGAAGACCCUGCCAUAGCUAAUGAUGAGAAUUUUGGACCAGUGAAGAAGAAAUUUUGCACCUUCAGAGAAGAUUAUGAUGAUAUCUCCAAUCAGAUAGACUUUAUCAUUUGCCUGGGAGGAGAUGGGACCUUGCUUUAUGCUUCUUCACUUUUCCAGGGCAGCGUCCCCCCAGUUAUGGCUUUUCAUCUGGGAUCCCUUGGAUUUCUUACUCCCUUUAAUUUCGAGAAUUUUCAGUCCCAAGUCACUCAGGUUAUAGAAGGCAAUGCAGCCCUGGUGCUCAGGAGCAGGCUCAAGGUGAAGGUGGUGAAGGAGCACAGGGAGAGAGCGGCGGUCCCGAACGGCAUCGAGGAGAACGGGGUCGUGCCCGCCAGCCUGGAGAAGGAAGGGGGCAAGCAAGUCAUGCAGUACCAGGUCCUCAACGAGGUCGUGGUGGAUCGUGGCCCUUCCUCCUACCUGUCCAACGUGGAUGUGUUUCUGAAUGGACACCUGAUCACCACAGUGCAGGGAGAUGGGGUCAUUGUGUCCACCCCCACGGGCAGCACGGCGUAUGCAGCCGCAGCAGGAGCCUCCAUGAUCCAUCCCAACGUUCCUGCCAUCAUGAUCACCCCCAUCUGCCCACACUCCCUGUCCUUCAGACCCAUCGUGGUUCCUGCUGGCGUGGAACUCAAGAUCAUGCUCUCCCCCGACGCCAGGAACACAGCCUGGGUUUCCUUUGAUGGGAGGAAGAGGCAGGAAAUAUGCCAUGGAGACAGCAUCAGCAUCACUACCUCUUGCUACCCCCUCCCUUCCAUCUGCUUCCGAGACCCCGUGAGCGACUGGUUCGAGAGCCUGGCCGAGUGCCUGCACUGGAACGUCAGGAAGAAGCAGAACAACUUUGCCGUGGAGGAGGAGGAGUUUUGAGUGUCUCCAUCUGCCAGCCCCGUGGGAGUGGAGAGUGGCAGUGUCCCUUCUGCCUGCCUGGGCUUUGGCCAGGGGCGUGUGGGCCUGCACUGCUGGCUGUGCUUUGUGACCUGGCAGGUGCCGUGGCUGGGAAUUGCGUUCCUUCCUGCACCGACCGAGAGUUAGGAAUGGAAGAAAUUGGGCUCUGGAUUGUUGUGAUCCAGCAGGAAUUCCCUCCUGGAAAAGGAUCCUUUCCAACAACCACAUCUGCAGCUUUGAUUGUAACCUCUCCCUUAACCACUGGCAGUGGCAAGGCUGAAUGUAGAUACACCCCGGGGAAGUGGCAUUAAAAUAGCCAGUUUUAUUCAGUAUAUUUAUAAUUCCAUUUAACACUGCUCUGAGUAUAAAGGCUCUAAGAAGCUUUCUUAAAAAAAAAAAGAAAAAAAAAAAGGUAAUCUCCUCUUUGUUAGCCCGAACACAUCUGGCCCAGAAAGCACUUUUCUUGCUCUCAGAUGUGACCCACUGAAGAAACACCCAUGGAGGAUGUUUUUUAUUGAUUGGUGGAACUAACACAAAAAGGAUAUAUUUUUUUAUGUGUGCAUUUGUAUCUCCUGGUUGACCCUUGGCUGUCAGCACUGUGGGAAUACCCACAAAUAUCAUUAAUUAUUGCAGGUACCUCUGGUUUUGUAGCUGAGCUGCUUUAGAGCUCUGCAGUUCCUGCUGGUGGGAAUCACCCAUGUGUUGUGUUUUUCUAAUUAUUUUUUGCUUGAUUCCCUGGAAUAGCAUUAGAGACAUUUAAAAAAAAAAAAACAAAAGUCCUCCAGGUGUUCAGGAAGAAUCUGGACUUCAAUUGCCACGAUCUUGUCUAGUUCCACUGUUGUCUGGAAGAAAAUAUCCUGCAAUGCCCUCAGCUUCCAUGGAUACCUUCCAGCUCUUGGUGCUGAGCAGAACAGGAUGGGACACUGCUUCUGGUGGCUGGAGAAUUGGAGAGGACACAUUCCCAGGGGAGCAGCAACGGUGCCUUCAGCACUCAAGAUUAUUCCAAGCCCCGUGUCUCCUUUUCUGAGAUGCUUUCCCAGGUUUCUAACUGCUCUCCCUGGACAGAUUUUACUCUCUGUGCUUUUGUGAAAGGACAGAAAACCAAAAAAACCCAACGGCAGAACUGGUUGGGAGGGGUGGGGGGGGAUAAAAGGGUUUGCCCUGGGGUUGAGCUGAGAGCCCAGGGGGAUGUUUACAUUUCUGUUCUCUGCGGUGCAGUCUCACCAUCACCAUCACCCAUCUGCAGCCUGGCUGGGGGGUCUCUGAAGGAGCAGGGGCUGUUCAGGGAGAGCCUGGGGCACAGCCCUGCAGGGGGAUUGCUUUUCCUUGGAGAGGGGGUGAGAAGCUCUGCGUGGUCCAAAGUGGGGAUGGGGAGAGUUCCCUUUCCCAUUCCCAGGCCCUGCCUGACCCCUUGUCCUCUGAUGGUCCCAAUAAUGUUCUGGGGGCUGCCCUGAGCUCAUUCAGAGCAGCUGAGAGCACUUUUCCUUUUAAAAGAGAAGCAAACUCUCAGUGAAUGGUUCAAAUCACAGUGAAAGGGUGUCGAUAGAAACCAAGACUGGGUUUGUAAAUGUUGUAAAAUAGAACCUUGGGUUGAUCUGGUCUAAACAGACGGAUUUUUGUGGUACCUGGGAGAAUUGUCCAGGGGAGCUUUGGGGGUUUCUCUUCCACUUGAAUCUGCAGUAAUUGUUUUAUCACUGUUUUGAAGCUGCUUACGGGUUUCCUGGGUGGGGUAUCCAGUUCUCUGAGAACUGGUUACUUUCUCAACUGUAGAAGUGUCAGGCUUUUUGCUUUGAAUCUAUUUUAUUUAAACAUGCAAUAAUUGAGAGAAGGAGCAGGGGGUGGGGAAAUGUGUGGUAAGAUGGAAAAAGGAGUGGAGUUCCAGGCACACUGGGAAGUGGGAAUCAUUUUGCAGAGGCAAGGUGAGAUGAUUUAUGAGCCUUAUCUAGUAUUUUUUUAAAGAUAAAACUAUAUUCAGCACUUUUUAUUUAUGCUUUUUAUAAUAGUAGAGCUAUUCUUGACUAAGUGGCCGGACUUUUGAUUUUCAGAGUGCACAGGUCAUGGAAUCUGCAAUCAAAGUGUACUGAACUACUUUAGACCCACCUUAGGGGUUGGCUUUGGAUUUAUUCUUUGAAUUAUCCCCCACUGCAGUUGCACUGCUGGCUCUGGGGCUGCUGCAGUUUUUGUUGGAGAAGCUCUUGCUGCUGAGGAGGUUUUUGGGUUGAUUUCCCUUCCCAAAGCUGCCUUGGCUCCAGUUAUCCCAACAUCCCAACUGCUCAGACUGACCUGAGUGUUCCAAGGCCCUUCUCCAGGAUUUUAAUCCACAAACUGCCAUUCCCAGACUGCAGUUCCUGAGCAGCCCUGGGGCUCUCACAUCCAACUGCUGUCCUGGGGGGGGAAUUUUGGCUCAGAGCUGAACCAGAAAAAAAAAAAAAAAGGCAAAAAAAAAAGCUGUAAAUGCACACUCGGUUUGUUGGCAAUAAAACCUCAUUCUGCUGAUGUAGCUCGUUCAGAUUAACUUGUUGAAACUGUACUGAAAAAAAAACAAAAACAAAACACAAAUAAGGGUUUUGCUGAUGAGGAGUUUCUAAAGCAAGGGGUUUGUGGGUGUCCCUGUACCUACAGAUCCUUUCCAGUCUACAAAGGGCCAAAAAUGGAAGCUGGGAAAUGAAUUUGGUUUGAUUUUUUGGGGUUUUUUUUUAAAGUUAUCCUCUGGUAGAAAUUGAAGUCAUUAACAACUGUGUAGCACGGAGCAAAGCAGUGUACUGAAUUUUUAAAAGCUGAAAAAAAUCCUGUUACAUAUUGUUAACGCAUUGAGAACCUGUUUUAAAAAUAUUGUUGAAGACAAAACUAUUUUUCAAUCCUUUCAAUAAAAUCUUUUUGUAAAGUU